AUGGUUGCCUGGAAGCUCUCAUCUCUGCUCCUGCUCUCGUUGAGGGCGCUCAAUGCCUUCGCGAUCGAGGAAGUUCCCGAAGCCCAGACACCGAAGUUGAACGUCAAGAUCUCGACCUCCUUCCCUCAGUCUGAGGUCUUUGGCGUCAAGCUGAUCAACGGCCAUGCUACCGAGGCGCGUCUGUCCAUCUCCAACAACGAGCCUAAGCCCAUCGGCGUGAGCGUCGUUGGUGGCUCGCUCCUUCAGGAGGUCAAUGGUCAGCCCCAGGUCAUGCGCAACCUUACCGCGCAAAAGUACUCGAUUGAGAUCCCCGCCGGUGCUGAGGAGACUGUGCCCUACACCUUCUCCACCGAUCUCCACCCCCAGGAUCUCCGUCUCCAGCUCGUCGCCGUCAUGAGGAACUCUGAGAACGCCGUCUUCACCGUCGCCGCCUACAACGAGACCGUUUCUAUCGUCGAGAGACCCACCAGCCUCUUCGACCCCCAGAUCAUUUUCCUCUACCUCGUCCUCCUUGGUGCCUUUGCUGGAACCGUCUACUUCAUCUACAACACCUGGAUCACCACUUUCUUCCCCCAAAAGAAGGGUCGCGGCAAGGGUGGUGAGCGCGCCAAGAAGUCUUCCCAGGGCUCCAAGAAGGUCGACCCCUCUGAGCAGGUUGCUGUUGUUGGUGCUGAUGGCCCUGCCGUCACUUCCAGCGCUAAGUACGACGAGAGCUGGAUCCCUGCCUCUCACCUGCAGCGCCCGGAGGCCAAGCGCGUUCGCAGCGGUACCCCCAAGGUCAAGCCUACAAGGGCUGCUUAG